CCUUCAACUAAUCCAAGUGUCAGCCCGGGGACAGACAUAACAGCAGGUCGCGACGUCCGCGUCAAGUCCAUUUCGAACUGGGAUCCGCAAACCUGUGCGGGAGAGUCGACGCUGCGAAUUUUCCGCUUCCAGGACUCAUUUAGCGCCAAUUCCACACUUUGCAUCCCUGUUUUUCUUUACUGCUGCUCACCGAAAGACGACCAGUGAGACUUUGGGACGAGGACCGGGGAAAGGACCGUGGACCGUGAUUAAAGCGGCUGAGCUAUCAGUCCCCCUCUCCACCUCAGGUCGGACCCGCGCGCACCUGAACAUGGCUACAACUACCUGCACCAGGUUCACCGAUGAGUACCAGCUGUACGAGGAGCUGGGGAAGGGUGCUUUCUCUGUGGUGAGGAGGUGCAUGAAGAUUUCCAUGGGACAGGAAUACGCUGCCAAAAUAAUCAACACCAAGAAGCUGUCUGCAAGAGAUCACCAGAAGCUGGAGCGGGAGGCCCGGAUCUGCCGUCUGCUCAAACACCCCAACAUCGUCCGCCUCCAUGACAGCAUAUCCGAGGAGGGAUUCCACUAUCUGGUCUUUGACUUAGUUACAGGUGGCGAGCUGUUCGAGGACAUCGUUGCCAGGGAGUACUACAGCGAAGCUGAUGCCAGUCACUGCAUACAGCAGAUUCUAGAAAGUGUAAAUCAUUGCCAUAUAAACGGCAUAGUGCACAGGGACCUAAAGCCGGAGAACUUGCUUCUAGCCAGCAAGCUGAAGGGAGCAGCAGUGAAGCUGGCAGACUUCGGCCUGGCUAUAGAAGUGCAAGGAGACCAGCAGGCAUGGUUCGGUUUUGCUGGUACACCAGGGUACUUGUCCCCAGAGGUGCUGAGGAAAGAUCCAUAUGGCAAGCCGGUGGAUAUGUGGGCCUGCGGUGUGAUCCUCUACAUCCUGCUGGUGGGAUAUCCUCCGUUCUGGGACGAGGACCAGCAUCGACUCUACCAGCAGAUUAAAGCCGGUGCUUAUGAUUUCCCGUCUCCAGAGUGGGACACAGUGACCCCAGAGGCCAAAGACCUGAUCAACAAGAUGCUGACCAUCAACCCAGCCAAACGAGUCACUGCCACAGAUGCCCUCAAACACCCCUGGAUCUGCCAACGCUCCACUGUGGCGUCCAUGAUGCACAGACAGGAGACGGUGGAGUGCCUCAAGAAAUUUAAUGCCAGAAGGAAACUGAAGGGUGCUAUCCUGACCACCAUGCUCGCCACUCGCAACUUCUCAGCAGCCAAGAGCCUGCUGAACAAAAAACCAGAUGGUGUCAAAAUCAACAACAAGGCUAAUGUGGUGACCAGCCCCAAAGAGCCUGUCCCCACUCCUUCUCUGGAGCCUCAAACCACUGUUAUCCACAACCCAGCUGAUGGAAACAAGGAGUCCAGCGAGAGUGCCAACACAACCAUCGAGGAUGAGGAUGUGAGAGCCCGGAAACAAGAGAUCAUUAAAGUGACUGAGCAGCUGAUUGAGGCCAUAAACAACGGAGACUUUGAGGCCUACACGAAGAUCUGUGAUCCUGGACUCACAUCCUUUGAGCCUGAGGCUUUAGGCAACUUGGUUGAGGGAACAGAUUUCCAUCGCUUCUACUUUGAGAACGGUCUCUCUAAAGGGAAGCUACCCAUCCACACCAUCCUGCUCAACCCCCAUGUCCACCUGAUGGGAGACGAGGCGGCCUGCAUCGCCUACAUCCGCCUCACGCAGUACAUGGACGGCAACGGCAUGCCUCGCACCAUGCAGUCAGAGGAGAGCCGCAUCUGGCAUCGCCGUGAUGGCAAGUGGCAGAACAUCCACUUCCACCGCUCCGGCUCGCCCACUGUUCCCAGCAAGUGAGACGGCGCUCUUCCACGACCGACACCCUCCAGCCUACAGCAGUCAGCUGACCAGACCCCACCUACCACGUGGCCAUGAAACCUCCUAAGCCAAUCCCUGCCCUUGUUUGUUAGAGCUCCACCCCUCUCAGUGUGUUGUUUACAUAUCGCUGCUGUUGCUGGAUGGAUUAUUGUACAUGUUGAAAAUCCAACAAAUGAGGGAGAGAAGUCUUGAUCUUUAGUAGUGAGGAUGUUCUUUCAGCAGCGUGUUUUAUUACUCGGAGCUUUUGGGUUUUUAGAUCAGUUUGUUUUAAAUAGACUCAGACGAGCCACUCAAUCAUCUUCUGGGCUGGUUUGAUCUGUGAACAGGACAUAUAUUGAGCUAUAGUACUGCCUUCAGGCUCAACGAGCAACAUAUCUGCUUUUUACUGGCGUAUCUUCUCAAACCAGCUUGCUUUGCUGUGGUGAUGUUUAGGCUUCGGUUAUUGAUGUGAACUCUUAUUGGCUUACUAGCCAUUUUUACUCCGUUUAAAAGAGAAAAAUCAGCUGAGAGCUUUUAUUGUGUGUCUGAGCUCCAUCAUGGUAGAGAAAUCUAGUUAUUAAAGGCCAUCCUGUGACUCUGACAUAUUUUCAUACAGUAAGGAGCUAAAGAUGUGAAUUAAUCAGCUGGAUUCUGUUUACGUUUUAUAUGGUGAUAUUGAUGCCUGUCUCUUCUCUUCCUUCUCCUCACAUCAUGCUUCCGUUUAUUUUUGCUCUUUUAAGCCAGUGGUGGACUGGUGUGCGCCAGCGUUUCCCUGCACCAUGUCAUGCACCAGUCUGCAGACUCAUGUGGUUCAUGUCUCAGAUGACCAGCUCAGCUGUUUGUGGCUUUCUGGGUUAUUAUCAGAAUAACUGAGCGACGUACCACCUCCGUUCUCAUCGUCUGAUUUUAGUGUCACCUUCUGAUCAAAGUAUUGUUGAAAACUUAUAAGUUUGGAUGUGAAACACAGAUUAGGUGUUAAAUAUUUUGCUGGGGAAACUUUUCUCUUCUUUUAUAUAUCAAGUAAUGACAUCACUGAAUAUUAGUGAAAGCUUUGUUUUUACGGUCUGUUGAUGGGAAGCAGGUUUUUAAUGGAACAAUGAGCCUGGUGUGUGUUAACCGAACUAAUAAAAUCUCAUUUACGCCAAAAC